CGAAGUCCAAUGGCAAAAAAGCCCUCGAUUUAAAGAGACGAUCCGAACAAAAAUUGCCGCGAAUUUUAAAGCUUCAACUCUCACAAGAAUGCGCCUGCAAUGUUUCGCGCGGCCGACCGAUCGCUCUCGAUCAAAAUCGCCCCGAAAAUCGUUUCCAUUACGCCAUCGAUCUCGUUUCUCUUCACCAGAACCGCCAAUUUCCUUCGGUAUCAGCCGGAAAAGGGAUCGGACGGCCGAGAAUGGGCACCAGAGGAGAGUGUCGCCGACGUCUCUUACUGGACGAAGAAGAUUCACGGCCUCUGUACCAAAGAUCGAAAUGUCGAUGAAGCGCUUAGGCUACUCGAUGCUCUUCGCCUUCACGGCUACCAAUUGCACCCUCUUAAUCUCGGUAGCAUAAUCCAUGGUCUCUGUGAUGCCCGCCGGUUCCAUGAAGCGCACUGCCGUUUUAUGCUCUCUGUUGCUUCUCGGUGUGUGCCCGAUGAACGGACUUGUAAUGUUCUUCUUGCUCGUUUGCUUGAUUCUCGAUCUCCCUAUUGCACCUUGCGUUUGCUUGUUUGUUUGUUUGAUGCUAAGCCUGAGUUUGUUCCUUCUAUAGUGAAUUAUAAUCGCUUGAUUGAUCAGUUCUGUUCGUUUUCACUACCGAAUGUAGCUCAUAGGGUUUUAUUUGAUAUGAAGAGUAGAGGGCAUCGCCCAAAUGUUGUUUCCUAUACUGCCUUGAUUGAUGGAUACUGCCGUGUUGGUAAUGUAUCUGCUGCCGAGAAACUGUUUGAGGAAAUGCCUGAGAAUGAUGUGGAACCUAAUUCGCUUGCAUACAGUGUUCUAAUUCAUGGGAUUCUUUACAAGCGGGAUUUUGAGACUGGGAAGGCGUUGAUGUGCAAGCUUUGGGAGAGGAUGAAGGGAGAAAUGGACUCCUCUGUAAACAGUGCAGCUUUUGCCCAUCUUGUUGAUUCUUUGUGUCUAGUGGGUUCUUUCCACGAGGUGUUUUUAAUUGCAGAAGAUAUGCCUCAGGGGCAGAGUGUGCCCGAGGAAUUUGCCUAUGGGCAGAUGAUAGAUUCACUUUGUAAAGCUAAAAGACAUCAUGGGGCCUCAAGAAUUGUGUAUAUAAUGAGGAAGAAAGGAAUUAAUCCUGGUUUGCUAUCGUAUAAUUCUAUUAUUCAUGGGCUUAGCAAGGAGGGAAGUUGUAUGCGGGCUUAUCAGUUGUUAGUAGAAGGAGUUGAAUUUGGGUACUCGCCAUCUGAAUAUACAUAUAAGGUUCUUUUAGAAGGUCUUUGCAAUGUGCUAGACGUUCAAAAGGCUAAGGAAGUUCUUCAAAUAAUGAUAGACAAGGAAGGCGUGGAUAGAACUAGAAUUUACAACAUAUACCUGAGAGCUGUCUGCCUUACGAAUAACUCAACUGAGCUUUUAAACACGCUUGUUGAAAUGCUUCGAACUAAUUGUCACCCUGAUGUCAUUACCCUCAAUACAGUCAUCAAGGGAUUCUGCAAGGUUGGAAGCAUUGAAGAAGCUCUAAAGGUAUUAAACGAUAUGAUGAUUGGUAAAUUCUGUACCCCUGAUUCAGUAACCUUCACAACUAUGAUAUGUGGCUUACUGAUUGUUGGGAGGAUCCGGGAAUCUCUUGAUAUAUUGUAUAAAGUAAUGCCAGAAAAAGGCAUUGUGCCAGGUGUUAUUACGUAUAAUGCCACUAUUCGAGGUUUGUUUAAACUUCAACAGGCAAACCAAGCAAUGGAUGUCUUUGACAGAAUGGUUAGAAAUGGCAUCCAAGCUGACAGUACUACUUACGCUGCGAUAAUUGAUGGGUUAUGUGAUUCCAAUCAAAUUGAGGAAGUUAAAAGAUUCUGGAAAGAUAUAGUCUGGCCAUCAAAGAUUCAUGAUAGUUUUGUUUAUUCUGCUAUUCUUAAAGGACUUUGCCACUCCAGCAAAUUUAACGAAGCUUGUCAUUUCCUAUAUGAACUAGCAGAUUCUGGGGUUUCUCCAAGUAUCUUUUGCUACAAUAUUGUGAUCAAUACUGCGUGUAAGUUGGGGUUAAAAGGAGAAGCAUAUCGUCUGGUCACAGAGAUGAGAAAGAAUGGGUUAGCACCUGAUGCCGUUACCUGGAGGAUUCUUCACAAAUUACAUAGAAAUGAGAUGACACAAUCUCUUCCCAAGGAUUUAACCAACCAACCUCAAGAUGGCUUGGACCAGACAUACUUGGACAGAUAUUUGCAAGUAUAAUUAAAUUGAUGUUUAGAUUGGUGUAAAAGCUCAGUCUUUCUGCACAGAGAUCGGCUGAUGUCCAACACAUCCAAUCCUGUGACUCUACUCUAGAGCCAUCAUGCUUUUCCUCUUGGUAAAAGAAUCAUGUGUCUAGAACUUGGUUUCAAAACCAUGAAAUCUGACAGGAAUAGACCUUCCAAAACAUGGUUGAAUGCAUUUCCAUCUCUGUUGAGGUAACUAUUUGUCAUAAAGGUGGUGAAACGCAAUGAAAGCUCAGAGACAUCUUACUUUGGCCUAGUGGUUACAAGUGAUCAGGUAAAGCUUUCUAUCACUUUGUACUAUCAUUUCCACACUGAGGAUCUACACCAUAUCUUGGGUUUGUUAAAUUAUACACAUUCUUGCUAAAAGGAAAAAGAUAGAAAAGUUGCAAUCACAGUCACAUCGACCUCUUUUUCCAUAUAAUCUGACGAGGUAGUGAUUGUUUAUUAUCAAUUCCUUAGCUUUUUUGUUCUUUGGCCUGAAUUUUAUGUUUACUUUUGAUAA